AAUCGAAUAAAACCAAUUUCCUACAAGAAUCUUGGAAACAAAUGUGAACGAACUCCUACAAGCAUAGAUGCUCGAAUAUAUGUUGGACUUGAUGCCAUAGUUUGCGAUUGAAUUGAAAUUAUAUUAAUUUUGUAGUCAUAAGAAUAUUGGAAUAUUAUUAAAAUUAUAAUAAAUAGUUUAUAACAGUAUAACACAACCAAAUAGCAAAUAGUGGCAUCUCUAUUCGCGCGCAUCAUUUUAUAAAUUUGAAAAAUACCGAAACAGUGAAAUUUUCUAUACGAAACACUACAAAGUUAUUAUUUGGAAAAUCUCUUUGUUUUGAUUCAUAGAAUGAAUCGUUUAGUUUUCAAUGAAAAUGCCCUGGAAGAAUUGGAGUAUCGACGUUGCACUUGGUGGAGUAGUUUUUUAGAAAAUAUAGCUGAACGUGACGAUGGAGAAGUUUACGAUGUGAAUUCACUUGAUAAAGAGUUUGACGACGAUUCYUCCAAUGAUGACGCAGAUGAAGCAGAGGAAGUGGAAGAUCUUGAUGAUAUCGAAUAUCACCAUCUAAUGAAUCAAUCAUCAGAACAAGAAAAGACUACUUUUAUAAUGGAAUCGGAGGAAAUUCAAGAUAUUUUAAAUUCAACACGUCCAAUAUUAAAAGAGCAUGAGUUAAAAUUAAAGAAAACUGGUCUGGAAAACGUUAUGAAUACAUUUGAUUCGGUACGUAUUGAAAAAGAAGUUGGUGGUUGGAUGCGCCGACAGCAUAGUGCACAUAUUGCUAAAACUAAGGUACAAUCAACUGAUACUGAUUCAUCAUUGUCUUGUGAAGACGACCGAUAUAUACGAUCUGUACAGAAGUGCCAUCACAUGCGAAAACCGAAAUAUAAGCAGUGUUUCAAAAAAUGUAAAAAUUAUCAAACAUCUUGCUGCACACGUGGUAUGUUUGUUGAACCAAAACCGCACAAGCUACAUAAUUGCAAUUGUUGCAAAUAUCAAUUAAAUUCAAUUACAACUCCUAAAUAUUGGAAAAUGUCAAGUAAUGAAGAAUCAGAAAUUAUUGACAAAGAACACGCAAAGUUAACARUUUUUUCUGAAAAUAAAAAUAAAAGACAUCAUUUUACACGGCAGGACAGUUCUAGUUCGGCUUCCGAUUGUGAUUUCCAAGGGAGAUGUUUUUCGAAGCGGGACAGUCUUACACCAGUAAGAGGAUCCCAAAAAAAUUCUUUCCCCAUUGGCAUGGUGGAAGAAUCUUUACUACAAAAAGGGAAUAGAAAUCAAUUGAUGUCCAUGAUAGAAAAAGUGUAUGAAACACCAACAAAACCCAAAUCCGUAAAAAGUAGUAUUCCACAUACAGCACCAUCUAAGAUCACUACAAAACGCACGGCUGCCCAGAAGGCAUUAUCACUGUUAAAUACUAAUAAAAUAAAAAAUGCKAAAACAAUCAAAUCAAAACGUGUCGAUAAAACACAAAAUGGAAAUAGUUCCUCAGAAUAUAACACAACAUUUGAAAACGAUAUUAAAAUAGCUAAAGCUCUAUCUUUAAAAAGCCUGAAACAAAACGACGACAAAUACAACUCAYCCAAACCCCAACCAUGUACUUCUUUGGAAAGCACAAAUAGCAACUUAUAUAAUUUAGCUGGAAGUUCUCGAAAUAAGGAAGUAAAAGAAUCUAUGUCAACUGCAAAAACGAAAAAGAAAACGGAGAGGAAAAAUAAAACUCAAUCCAAAUCAAUGAAGAACCAAACUUUGAGAAAAUUCRAUGAAAAACCCGAUGAAACAAAAGAGAACACUUUUCUUGCACAUUCGGAAAAUAUUUGCAAUUCAACUGCGGUGAAUACUGCUGCUGCGCGCAAGCARCUACCAAACCGAAUACCAGCUAUAGAUGAAAAUUUAGAGUGCUCGUCUACUGCAACGCCUUGCAUAGAAAAUAAACAGCAUAUGCCGCGCAAGAAAGCCACUAGCCAUUUGUCACCUAUUGAAGAGAGUUCAASAAGUUCUUUGGAAAGAACUCCUAAAAUUAAGACACAAUUUAAAACUGCUAAAGAGUUAAUCAUAUUAUCUCCUUCUGUAGAAGAACACGUUACACCUACCAAAGCAACUUCUAAGAUAGGGGUGCGCCAUGCCGUUACCGAACCACGUCGUAAACAAAGGCGGCUCACGAAGAAUAAUAAAACAAUGGACUAUCGUUCCAACAUUUCGAACACUACACUUGAAAGCGCCGUAAAAGCAAAUCGAAUAAUGCUAUAUACUCCGCAACGUAAGGCGCCUUCAAUGGAUGGCGAUUUUCAAGUAACUAAAGAACUUAUGAGCAGUGUUGUUGGAGAAAAGCAUGCACGCAGAUUYUUUAAGUACCACAUUGGGCGGCUAACAUUUCCAAAAACUUCCACUAUAUACUAUUGUCCACCUGAGACCGAGCUCUCGAGUUCAGAAAGCGAUGAAGAUCCAUUGCAAAAGGCUGGCCGUUGCGGUGAACUGCAUGAAUCUGAACAACAGGACGACAGCACUACAUUGUAAAUUCAUAAAUUCAUUUUACCACAUGUUAUAUUAACCUUAAUUUAGUUUUUUAA